CAGCAACGAAGAGCUGGUGUGAAUUGUUAUUAACUGAAACAAAAAAAAUAAUGAUUUUUUAUUGUUGAUUUUGUGGACAGCUAUAAUAUAUGGAAAGUCUGCAUAGUGUUUUUCAAAUUGAUUACGUAUUUUUGUUUUAUUGUAACAAGUAAGCUAUCUAGCUGACUUGCCAAGUAGCAGCAAUUGUGGAGUCUUGAAUAAUCAAAGCUAACAGCACCAGUGCUAGCAAGCUACGGUUAGCUGUCAUUUGUUAGCUUUACUAUCAGAUAGCUAGCUAACGUUUACAGCAUUUGUCCUCUGUAGUUCGUGGUGAAUAUUUUUUAAUAAUUAGAAUACCCUGCUCAAGUUGUCGUUUAUGGGAUAAUCAUGUCAAUGAAGCAGGCCGGUGGUAAUCGCAAACCCGGCGGUAGCAACAGCGGGGCUGCUGCGGCCUCUGGCGCUGGGGGAUGCGGAGGAGCUGGUGGACGACAGAGUUUGGGCAGGGGACGCAACAGUGCCAAAGGACCCUCCACUGCAGUGGCCUUUAGUGGCGUUUAUGCAAAUAUGAGGAUGGUUCAUAUCUUGACUUCAGUGGUGGGAACCAAAUGCGAACUCAAUGUAAAAAAUGGCGUGAUCUACGAGGGCGUCUUUAAAACCUACGGUCCAGAGUGUGAUCUCGUCCUGGACGCCGCCCAUAGGAAGAGUCCUGAGCCCAGCAUGGGCCCUCGUCGAGAGGAUAUAGUAGAGAGCAUCAUCUUUAAGUCUUCAGAUGUUGUAGUGGUGCAUUUUAAAGAUGUGGACCUCAACUAUGCUAAAAAAGUCUCUUCCGAACAAGAUAACUUCACAGACAGUGCGGUAAGUGCCCGUCUAAACGGAGAACACAAAGAGAAGGAUCUAGAGCCUUGGGAUGGGGGGGAUCAGCAUGCAUCAGGCAGCCUGGAAUCUUUGGACACAGACUUGUCAAAUGGCUGGGACCCUGAUGACAUGUUUAAGUAUAAUGAGGAAACCUAUGGUGUAAAGUCUACUUAUGACAGCAGCCUGUCCUCAUAUACGGUACCACUGGAGCGAGACAAUUCAGAAGAGUUCCUCAAGCGGGAAGCUCGUGCAGCCCAGCUGGCUGAAGAGAUCGAGGCCAGUGCUGCUUAUAAGGCCCGUGUGGCCCUGGAGAACGAUGAGCGAUCAGAGGAGGAAAAGUACACAGCCGUAGUCAGAGAGACGCACACCCUCAGCAGGGAACACAAAUACAUUCCUCCAAGUCAGAGGAACCGAGAACCAGGACUGUCGUGGGGAACAGGGCGCCAAAACUCUCCCAGACUGGUUCAGUGCAACCCUGGGCCACCUGCCCCCAGAGCUGGACCUCACGAUUACAACAUACCUGGUGUGGAUCAGCGCAUUGUCAAUGGAGGUCCACCAAGAAUGUCUCCAAAGUCACAGCGCACUCCCAGGACGCACAGAGUGGCCUCCUGCCGAGGUGGGGGAGCUUCUGGGGCAGACUUCAUGUCCCAGGGUGCAUCUGUGGAGGUUUCUACUCCUGUUCCUGCCCGUAGCAGCCCCUCUGGGGGCACUUGGUCCUCGGUGGUCAGUGGAGCACACAGACCACGUUCUCCUCGGCAGAACAGUAUGGGAGGGACUGCUUCUGGCCCCUCCUUGUCUUCCCCUCAGGCUGGCUCAGUAACCGCUGACUCUGUGAACAUGUCUACGACAGUGACAUCACCAACUACAGCCAGCCCUGCACCUAUUGUGGCUGCAAUACCAUUAGUGGAAGCAAAAGAGUCCAGAAUACAAGAGACAAGGCAGAAUUCUCCUUCCUCCAACAAAGAAAAUAUGAAGCCUAUGGAAUCGUCCCCGAGCAUUAAUAGGCCAGUUAGUAAAGGACUGCCGAGCAUCGCUCCGGACCACAGAAAACAGAUAGAUAAUUUAAAAAAAUUUAGUGUAGAUUUUAGGCUGCAGCCCAGCUCAAAUCCAGAUCCAGUUUUUGAGACUACGGUGACCAAGCCCCCCCGGGACUCUGGAGAGAAACCAAAGGAGCAACCCAAGGACAAAAACACAGACUUAACAGGUCCCAAAGUUUGUUCAGAAUCUCCCAGCAGUGACGAGCCAGUCACAGCUGUGGCUGCUGCUCCUGCAGGGAGCAAACCUAACACCCCAUCUCCGUCCCCCUCUGCGUCGGCUCUGAGUGCCCAGCCUGAGCAGAAACGCGGGCCGGACGUGACGUCCCAGGGUGUCCAGACGUCCUUGCCUGCUGCAAAAUCGGACAAGGAUGACAAAGAGGAAAAGAAAGACCCUGUACCAGAGAGUAUUAAAAAAUCAACCCUCAAUCCUAAUGCCAAGGAGUUCAACCCCAGGGCUUUUUGUACCCCUCCCAAGCCGGCUACGACUCCUACGCUGCCACGUCCGCAGGGUCAGCCCAGCCCAUCCAUCGUGGUGCAGCAGCCCCCAGCCAUGUACGGCCAGACGAUGUGCUUCCCACAGAUGUACCCACUGACCCCAGUUAGUCCUGGAGUGCAGAAAAGCAUUAUCUGGAAGACUCCUGCUGUGUACCAUGUUCCAGUUCCUCAUAUGACCGUGAGCCAGUCCAAGCCCUACAGACCAGGUAAAGUGCCCAACAUGCCACAGCAAAGACCUGACCAACAUCAUCCGCCAGGUACGUCUACCAUGAUGCACCCAGCCACGGCUGCAGGUCCUCCCAUUGUGGCGCCAAGCCCAGCCUACUCCACUCAGUACUUCACCUGUAGCCCCCAGCAGUUUGCCAGCCAACCCCUGGUCCAACAGAUGCCCCACUACCAGUCACAGGCCCAGCAUGUGUUCAGUCCAGUGUUGCAGGGCAGUGCAAGGAUGAUCACCCCACCCACCCACGGCCAGCCCAGUCUGGUCUCCUCCUCCACCACUCAGUAUGGUGAACAGACGCACACUAUGUAUGUUUCUGCCCCCAUCCCUCAGCAGUACCCCCACCCCAGUGCCACUCUACACCCUCACCCCCAGCACCCUCAGCCCUCGGCCACUCCCACUGGCCAAGCUCAGCAGGGUGCUCAGCAUGGGGGCAGCCAUGCCGCUCCCAGCCCUGUUCAGCACCCUCAGCACCAGGUAGCCGCGGCAGCGGCUGCCGCUGCAGCUCAGGCCCUCCACCUGGGGAACCCACCACAGCAGCAGAUGUACACCGCCCUGGCCCCCACCCCGCCCUCCAUGACUCCUGGGCCCAACCCCCAGUCCCCACAGGCCAGCUUUCCCUCGGCCCAGCAGGCCGUUUAUAUCCACGCCCCGCAGGUGCAACAUGGAUAUAACCCUAACCAUAUGGCUCAUGUGCAACAGGCACACAUGCAGUCAGGAAUGGUGCCGGCCCAUCAUGGCACUCCCUCCCACCCUCCUGUAAUGCUGAUGGCCACACAGCCCACUGCAGGCCCCCAGCCCCCCUUACCCCAAGGCACCCUCAAUCCUAUCCCUGUCUCUUCAACCACACACUUCUCCUACAUGACACAUCCACAAGUACCACCUCAUCAGCAGCAGCUGUAGAGGAGUUUUGGCCAGUUACAACUGACGUCAAUGACACCCGCUCCUUUUCAACCCUCCUGGCCCCGCCCAUGACCUAUUCACCACCUGAUCCUUGUAUUUCUCCUUCUCUAAAUAUCUAAUGAAAGGGCCACUAAAUCUAAAGUCAUGCUGCGGUUCUGCUACUCUCUACCAGUAAUGCUAACAAGCAAAAUUGCAGUGAACAGAUUUUUGUUUUGUUUUUUUAAUGAGUUUUAACAAGAGCAGGACUGUUUUCAUGUAACAACGCUAGAUGCUAUGAGUGAAAAAUGGAAUGUCAAGAAACUGGAACCUGCAUUUUGUCUGCACCUUUCAAGUUAAUGAAAAUUCUUCCAUUGUGUAUUGACAGUAUUAACAUUACUGUUAAAUGCUGCUGCUACUGCUCUGUGCAAGAACAAUGUGGGGGAAGGAAAGCAAACGGGGCAGGAAAAAUAUUCUAACCAAACUAAAAAAAA